UGCCAAGCAAUCAUUCAGGUUGGUACCUGGCCCGUUGGUCAGCGAGCUGCGAAAGGUUUGGUCAUCUUUCGAAGACGGUGGGACCUCAUUCUGCAUUUAGACUUUGAGAACAUGGGAUAUCACGGUUCGAACUUGUCAGCAUGUCUGAUUCUUUUCUUCACGAUUCCACUACUACUCACUCUCAUAGAGGCCAAAGGAAACAAAUCUACCAAUUUAAGUCUAGAUGGACCUCAUCGCACAGGAAAGCUAUUCAGCUUGUUCAAUGUCGUUAGAUUUCCGAAUGAGCAAUGCAUCUCUCGAAGUGACCCAACCAUGAGAGGUACCUGCUUCAGCCAAAUCAAUUGCCAAGAAAGAGGUGGAACGCCGGAUGGAAAUUGUGCUUCAGGCUUUGGCAUCUGUUGCAUGUUUGUGAUUCAAACUUGUUCAGGUACUGUGGUUCAGAAUUGCACUUACAUUCAGAACAUGGCGUUUCCAGGCUCAGACACAACAGUCAGCCAAACAUGCAACUUCAUGUUUAACAGGAUCGAUCCAAAUAUUUGCCAAAUAAGAUUGGAUUUUGACACUACCGUUUUGCAAACCGAUCCCGGAUUGCCAGGGAUGUGUGGAGGAGCAGGGGAUUCCUUAACAGUUGGGAGCCCUUUGUCCGGCUCACCCUUUGCUUUUCCAUCCGCAAUCUGUGGGACGCUCAAUGGUCAACAUAUGUAUAUUGAAAGCUCAAGAAUGGGAGUCACGGCGGGAUCUUUGACCAUUGAAACUGGAACUACCCCCGGAAAUCGACGAUAUAAAAUCAAGGUGACAUAUGUGGACUGCCAUAGCGAACUCAGGGCCCCGUCGGGUUGUGCUCAAUUCUUCACUGGAGUGUCAGGCACCGUCACGAGUUACAAUUUCCAAGGCGGCCAGAUCCUCCGAAACCAAGAUUAUACUCAUUGCAUCCGUCAAGAAGAAGGUUUUUGCCAAUUUGAGGUAUUUGAGACGCCAGGCGUGGCCAAUGCUUUUUCGGUGUCUGAUGAUGCAUUGUCACGGAUACAACGAUGCAAGAAUCAAAAUUUUGUGACCAUACCAAGCAUGGCCGUUCAAGAUUUCACGACGAUCAUCAUUGGAAAUACCGAUUACCGAUGUGGAAUGGUAUUCAGCAGUCAAUUUGGGCAGAGUACACCAGGAUCACUUUUAUCUACCCGUGACACUCCCUUUCAAAUCCAAUUUCAUACUCUGGUGGCCGAUAGAUUGGGUUUGGUGACAUUCGCCAAUCUGAAAGGGUUUUCUUUGGACUAUUCCCAAAUUCCUUGUUAAAUGUAACGCAAAGUGAACUUGCCUAGCCAAGAGGAUGGUGGCUAGACCGAUUGAUAUCUUGGUCUACUGCUCUUUACAACUCAAAGCUUGUGUCGUUGUUAAUCAACGUUGAAAUAUUUAAUUGUGAUCCAUUCAUCCAUCAAGAGUAAAGUGGUCGAGGUAAUCAAAAAUGAUAUAUUUUGUAUAGCCUGUUAAUGUUUCAAUAAAUGUGGUUUGUUUCUA